AUGGUGUGUGCAAAUGGCAUGUUUCGUUAUACUGACGGAGUGGACAAGUUGUUGAUGUUUUUGGGGACUUUUGGUAGCAUUGGGGAUGGGUUGCGGUUCCCUCUCAUGAUGUUCAUUCUUAGCGAUGUGAUCAACGCCUAUGGAAAUCUCAAUGACACCAUCUCUACUCGUUCUGUGAACAAGGCAAGGACAAAGAUAAUGCUAUACUUCCACCUCGAUACUUACGCACUGAGGUUGCUAUAUGUUGCAAUUGGAGUUGGAUUAUCUGCAUUUAUUGAAGGACUGUGUUGGGCAAGAACAGCUGAGAGACAAACUUCUCGAAUGAGAUUGGAGUACCUAAAAUCUGUGCUAAGGCAAGAAGUUGGUUUCUUUGACACUCAAGCAAAUGAUUCUUCCAUUACUUACCAAGUUAUUUCAACCAUUUCCUCCGAUUCCUCUACCAUCCAAGUCACCAUAGGCGAGAAGAUACCUGAUUGCCUUGCUUGCAUGUCAUCCUUCUUCUUCUGCCUCAUAUUUGCCUUCGUACUAUCGUGGAGGCUCUCAUUGGCUGCUCUUCCCUUCACUGUACUGUUCCUCGCCCCGGGCCUUGGAUUUGGAACACUGAUGAUGAAUGUAGGAAUGAGGAUGAUUAAAUCUUAUGCAGUUGCUGGUGGGAUUGCAGAACAAGCAAUUUCUUCAAUAAGAAUUGUGUAUUCCUAUGUUGGAGAGCGCCGUACCCUUGAUAGGUUCGGCCAUGCCCUUCAAAAGACAAUGGAACUAGGAAUAAAGCAAGGUUUUGCAAAAGGAUUAAUGAUGGGAAGCAUGGGCAUUGUAUAUCUUAGCUGGUCCUUUCAGGCUUGGUUUGGGGCAAUUCUAGUUUCCGAAAAAGGAGAAAGGGGUGGCCAUAUUAUUGUAUCAGGGUUUAAUGUCCUCAUGGCAGGAUUGUGA